CAUUCAGCUGAGAUUGGAAACUUGAACUUGUCAAUUAACAAGAAUCUCUCAAUGUUUUCAACUGUCUUUCAAUUAAUUGUUACUAUUUAAGACGAAUAAUGUUAAUCAAUGAACGGUGAACAUGUUUAAUUAAGCGAAAUACAAUUCGAUUAAAUCUCAAUGUUCUUUUUUAGAAAAGAAAAUUUUUUUUCUAUUCUCUUUGUGUAGCUUUUUAUGUUCAUACGUAACUCUUAAGGUUUUUAUUGUUUCCUCUUUUAUUUGUUUUCUUUUGUCAAUUUGAUUUCUGUUUAAUUUAUUAAUUGUUUCAUGUUAAUCAUAUAAUUAUGAAUUCUUCUGGAGGAGAAUUACUUUCUGGAAUUGGUUUUUCCAAUUUGUCUUCGAAAAAUGUUUCUAAUCAAGAAAAUAUAAUUGAUGGAAAAAUGAACAACAAUGAUGAUGAUAUGUUGGAAAAUGGUGAUGAUAAAAGUAACCCAAAUGAUGGAUAUUGUGCAUUUAAUAAUAAGGAGAAAAGUCCAAUGUGUUUGGUUAACGAAUUGUGUCGUUUUAAUUCAAUUACCUGUCGAUAUGAGCUAAUUGAGGAAUCUGGUGCUCCUCAUUCAAGAACAUUCUCAGUUCUCCUGAGAUUGGGCGAUAAAGAGGAGUAUCGGUCUUCCGCUCUUUCCAUAAGAAAAGCUCAACAUGCAGCGGCUUCUUUGGCUCUUCAAUCGACCAAAUUUCCACAACCAUCACCAAAAUCGCAACGUAAAGUAGCCAAAUGUAACUCACAAUUAACACCAACAGUGGAAUUAAAUGUUUUGGCCAUGAAACGAAGGGAACAAGUACAAUAUCAUGUCUACGAACAACCCAUAAGACCUAAUCUUCUGUCAAAUUUGAUGUCCUUUCCAUCAUCAGUUUCUAAUCAAAUGACUUCCAAUCCCGGUGAUUUCCAUAAUUAUCGUAAUCUUUACAAUCAAAGAUUCCCUUUGAUUAGAGGUGUGUGUACACCUUGGUAUGUAGCGACAGUUAUGGUUGGUGAGAGACAAUUUUCCGGUAAAGGUAAAACAAUUCAGAUCGCUCGACAUGCUGCCGCUGAAGAGGCUUUGAAAACCAUUCGACAACUUCCCUUACCAACUACAACAGUCCCUGUAACUAAUACAAAUACACCAACACCGGUGGGAUUAUCAUUGGUAGAAGUGGAAGAUGAUGAUGAUGACAGUAAAUCACCAGUUAGUAUGAUUUACGAGGCAGCAAUGAAAAGAAAAUACUUAGUACAAUUUGAUGUAAUAUCGGAAUCUGGUCCUUCUCACAUGCCCUGUUUUGUGAUUAAAUGUACCGUCGGUAAUUACUCAGCCAUGGGAAGAGGUGUUCGUAAAAAGACAGCCAAAAGACGAGCUGCAGCCGCAGUAUUAGCUGAAUGAGAGAAAGAACCACUUAAUGUAACUUGUGGGCAAUCGAAAACCACCCCUGUUGUUAACGAUCCUAACAAUUUGAAUUCUUCCUCACCAACCAAAGAAAAAUCUUCCACCGAUCGGCUAUCCAAGAAAAGAACCACCGGUAACAAAACGAACAAGAAAAAGAGAGACCAAUCAGCCAAAUUAGAUGAGAAAGUCGAUGAUUUAGCCACAAGGCUUCACAAUACAAAAAUCUCAUCACCAAUGGAUUCAGUUAAUUGCCCAGUCUCCGAAAUGAUUACUUGCCAGUCAAAUUCAAUCACCAAAAGUAAUCAACAAUCAAAGGAAUUGGCUGAAGGUGAUGAUGAUGUGAAGUUGAUUAAAACAUCUUUCACAUUGAAUCCAAUUAGUCGACUUCUCCAAUUACAAAUGGCCAAAAAAGAGGACGAACCAAAGUUUAAAUUAAUAUCGGAAGUUGAUAUUGAACACCGAAAGAAAGAAUUUACUAUUCAAUGUUCAAUUAAAGCUCCAAAAAAUUCGCGUUUUAUCGCACCAACAAUUAGCAACGAAUUGAUUACCUUUGGUUUUGGACCAAAUAAAAGAAUAGCUAAAAGAAACGCCGCUGAUGAGAUGCUUAACAUUUUAGGCUAUUCUUCAUCAUCUUCAUCAUCUUCAUCUUCAACUACUUCCAGUUCAUCGUCAGCAUCAUCAUCAUCAUCAUCAUUAUCUCCAAUCUUAAAGAUGACAACUAAUUCAACAACAGCUCAGAAUGUUAAUCAACAGGAUGAUCCAGAAAUGAAUCAAGUUAAAUCUGAUCUUAAUAAAGAGCGUAGAGUCAAGUUCAUGAUGGAUACAACAAAUAAUUCAAAGGAUAACAUUCAAGAUCUUGAUGAAAGAUUGGAAAAUCUUUCUGAAUUAACUCAACAACAAUUAAUCUCACAAUCUGAUUCUCCAAACAAAUAUGGCCGACAAAUAGCCCCUGGACUUUUAUUCGUAAUGAGUAUGAACCAGACCAACAGUAAUUAUCCAAUACGAUUAAUGGAUAACCAAAAUGCUGUAGACAAACUAUACUUCACUCUCGUCAUGAUUAAAAUGAUCACUUUGAUAUUUAUUUCACUGGUUGUUGGCACUUUUGGUGACUCGAUUAAUCGUGCCAAACGGGGAAUGGAUGGAGUAACGAGUGGAAACACCCCCGGAACGAGUGGCAUGGCCCCAAUGACCUGGGGGUAUAUGCCUAUGGGGCCAGAUCCCAACGCCAUAAUGAAAAACGCAAUGGAUAUGAUUAAAAAUAUUCAAGAUCAGAUCAAGGAAACAAAUAAGCAACAAGAAUGUGUCCCAACCAAUGUGACCACUGAACAUGCUAAACUCGGCGAUCAAAAUAUCACGAUGACUAAAACGCUUUGUAAAAUCAAUGGAACCGACCAGACCUAUGAAAAGACUACAAUGACGAGCUCCAGUGAUGGUUCAAAUUCUGGUUCGAGCUCAACUUCCACUUCAGGUACUGGUUCAACUUCUGGUUCGAAUACAAGUUACAAUUCUAACUCAUCACCACGCUCAAGUUCCGCUUCAAGCACUGGCCCAAACUCCGGGGCAAUGGCCGCUUCAUCUGCUGGCUCAGGGGGUGCAAUGGCCUCAGCUAUGAGCAAAUAAAUCAAGGAAACAAUUUAAAUUCAUCAACGUGGUUAAUAAUUAUCUGAUUUUCUUAAUUGUUAAUCAAUUGAAAGCUCGACAUGAGAUCUUCUUGUAAAACAUUUUGUUUCAGUUUUAAUUGAAAACCUCUUGAAUUGUACCUGAUACUUGUCAUCAGAAAACUUUUAAGCAAAUAAAUGAUGUUAAUUAAAAACUAA